ACCACCACCAUACUACCACCACCGCGACUACCAUUACCACCACUACCAGCAUUACUACUACUAUUAUCAUUACCAUCUAUAUAAAUGACACUAUCACGACCAGUCUCUUUACUACUGCUACUACUACUACACAACACUGGUACUACUGCUACUACUACUACACAACAUUAGUGUUACUACUCAAAAAUUACUACUACACUACGACUACUACAAAAAUUAUUACUAUACUAAUAUUACUACCAACGCUACUACUAUUAUACUACCUCUACUACACUAUUGUUAUUAUUGCUAUUAUCAUCACGAUCACACGGCCACCACGUAAUACUACUAUUACAAAACUACUAGUACUACUACUAUCAUCACAGUUUUUACCACAUUAAUAUUACUUUUGCUGUCGACACUUCGUCCAUGAGAACAAAAAUACUACUACGAGAAAGACGCCAGUUUGUCGUCGUUGACGCCGUCGUCUUCGUAAUUUCUCUUGUCGUCAUAGUCGUUUUCGCCGGCAAACGAUAAGUCAGCCUAUAUUUCAUAUGUUUAUAACCUACUGCUAGUAGGAAAGUUAGAAGAACAUAGAGUAAUCUUGUGGCAUCAGCCUAUAUGACAUAAUGUCAGGGUCUCAACGCAUGCGAAAGUCUUCGCCAUGCUCUACAUCAAAGCAAGGACCAAUGCGAGCCACCCUGCCUGUAAGCUCUUUGCUACGGCAGGGUCGACAAGGCAGCAGUCUAAGAAAAAGUAAUAGCAACAGUCCUACCGUGUCACCACCAAAUGCAAGCACAUGGCGGACACGGAUUUCACCAGAGACUUCAGCUUCCUCAGGACAGCGAAGCCCUGGUUCUCUUUCCUACAAAGCCAAAUCGAAAACAUUAAGUGGUCGCUGUAGUGAAAGUCUAAGUGGUAACCAAAAUAUCCGUAGAACUGCAUCCUUGGAUACAAUAUACUUAAAAGGCCAAUGGCCUCGCGACUCAUACUAUAUGCAUUCCAGCCUUCUGGUAGUUGAUAAAUCUACACAGACUGAAGAAUGGUCUAUUGAAACAAGAAAGAUGCACACUCGUCAUUCUACAGAACAAUCUACCACAGAUGAAAAGCUAGAAAAGUACUUCAGACAUAGAUUACAGCGUACAAAUAAAGAGAGUACUAGUAGUAGGGAAAGAACAGCAGCUUUUGGCCUUAUAAUGCCUGGUGGCCCACCACCUGCUCUUCCUGGUGAUCAUUCUGUGCUUUUGCCCAGCAUUGCAUCACAAACAUCUAUAUACAAUCAACUUUCUUUGAAUACAAAAGCAAGUCCUAUGAGCAUACCCGUUAAACCAAUGAGGCCUCCAAUGCGUUCUUCCAUUGAAGGACUGAAUCAAGAAAUUGAAGGAUUAGUACUCAAAUCUACUUCAAACACUAAUGAUCCAGAUCACCCAAUAGAAGAUAAGUAUGCACGGUAUCGUGAGCAAAUGACACCCGAAGGACAUCGUGCACCAUUGGCAGAUUUGUUGAGGGCGACUCGUAGUGUCAACACACAAACACCAGCUACUGAUCUUCCUUCCAGUUCUUACUCCUCAGGCCCUCCAUCUAGGAAUUCUGAGUCUCCGCUGAUACCUGGUCUUACGGAUGCUUCCCGUUCACCUAGUGAUCUCUUCCAAGGUGGAAGCCGAGGAUCAACGCCUGAACAAGAUAGAGAAGGUCGUCUUGGAACGUCCCCCCAUAUUAACAGGUUCCUUGCAAGGGAACCUCCUGAUGGCUGUGAGAAGGUCAACCUCAAAUUUGUAGAGGAUACGAGGCGACCUAUGAUUGACUUGAGCAAACUAGAGUAUUGUUCGAAGCCAUGUGUAUCAUUCCAAUUAAAACCAAGUUUGGGCUCAGCGUUCCUGCCAUUGCAACAGCCGGCCAGUCCGACAGUCGUUGCUAAUGCAUCAGCCACUUCUCAUACAACAUCAACUACACCACCCCCGAAUCCAUAGUCCUACUUUUUGCCUUAUGGAGUAGCAUUCAUAAUACCAUUUGAUAUAUAUUUUUUUUAAAGACUUCAUGGGUAGAAAGUGGACUUACUUCAGGUAAAGACAUAUGUACCGACAAAGAAAAGUUACCAAAAAUGCAGCCUGUCCCUGGUGUGAACUAAUGUUUGGACAAAGUGACUAUGUAAUUAUAAUUAUAAUUACAUUGAUAUAAAGUACGGGGAAGGCUUCUAAGCUCUGCUAAUAUUUGAAACAAUAAUAAAUACGAGGAACAAUAAUUUGUGAUAACUAAAAGAUGACGAACGAACGUUUGAAAACGAACAUUGUGUUCUACAGGGAAAAAGACUUACGGAAAUUGUGUAUUCUAAAUUUAGUGCAAAAAUGUGCUAAACAAGUUUAGUUUUGUAUACAGGAAAUAAUUAUCAACAUGUCGGAAGGUAUUAAAUUUAAUUGCUGGAGAAAGCAAAAUUAUACAGAUACAGAGAAAGGGGUAUGUAUGCAUACGUACAUUCACACCCACCUAUAAUGAUUUAUCUCACUUAUGCAUCUAUCAUUUUAAACGAUCCAAUAUAAUUCAGUGUCAUAUGUUAGAAUUUUUUUUUUUUGUAUGGUUUUGUAUUAUUAUUUGUAUACUGAAGAUAUUCAAAUUAUCAUUAUAAUUAACAUCAUUAUUAUUAUUAAUUUUAUUCAUUAUUAUUAAUUAUUAUAAUUAAUAAUAUCGUAUGGGGAGUUUGAAAAUCAAGUACUGUUAAACUCCUCUUUUGUUUCUCUUUAAGUAUUAGUAGAAUUCAAUAUCAU